AUGGCUCUUAUGACCAACAAAGGAGCAUCAUCUACCUCUUUCUCCCACCGAUACAAGAACUUUAAUGUCUUCUUGAGUUUCAAAGGUGAAGAUAUUCGCCUUGGUUUCGUGGGCCAUUUGUGUAACAUUUUGCGUCAUCAGGGUAUUCACACCUUCAUCGAUGAUAAUCUCCUAAGAGAAGAACAAAUUUCUGCACAACAUCUCAAAACCAUUGAGAGCUCAAUGGUUUCAAUAAUCAUAUUCUCUAAAAAUUAUGCAUCCUCGACUUGGUGCUUAGAUGAACUUGUCAAGAUUAUUGAGUGUAAGAAGAAUGAUCAAUUGGUGCGACCGAUUUUUUACAACAUGGAUCCAUUGGAAGUUAAAAAAGGAAAGUUUGAGGAAGAACUAGCUAAACAUGAAAAAAAAUUCAAAGAUAACGAGAAGGUACAAAGGUGGAGGGAAGCUCUAUGUGAAGCAUCCAAUAUACAUGGUUGGCAUUACAAGCACAACUGCAGUGAGUUCAAAUUCAUCCAAGAAAUUGUCAAAGAGAUCUUAAAUUUUAAAUUAAACCGCAUGCCAUUAUUUGUUGCUAAGUAUCCAGUUGGAAUAAGUCAUCGUGUAGAAGCCACAAAAUUACUUUUAGAUAUUGGGUCAAAUGAUGUUCGUGUGAUAAAGGUGUAUGGCCUUGGUGGAGUGGGAAAGACUACCAUGGCUAAAGCUGUUUAUAACAUGAUUUAUGUUCAUUUUGAAGGAAGCAGCUUUCUAGAAAAUGUUAAAGAAAAGUUUGGGACAUUUGAUGGUGUAAUCAAAUUACAAGAGACACUUCUUUAUGAUAUUUUAGGGGGUAUAAAUUUGAAGGUUCACAAUGCAUGCAGAGGAAUCAAUUUGAUAAAGGAAAGACUUUGCAAUAAAAGGAUUCUUUUAAUUCUUGAUGAUGUGGAUAGAUCAGACCAGAUAGAAACAUUAAUUGGAAAAUGUGAUUUGUUUGCUUCUGGAAGUAGAAUCAUUAUAACCACAAGAGAAAAAAACUUGCUAGCUACUCUUGGAAAAGGUCUUUUAACCUAUAAGGUUAAGGAAUUAGAUGAUCAUGAAGCUCAUGAAUUAUUUUGUUUGCAUGCGUUCCAAAGAAACAAACCCGAGGAAGAUUAUUCAGUACUUGCAAACCAAUUUAUAUGCUAUGCUAAAGGCAUUCCACUAGCUCUAGCAAUAUUAGGUGCUGAUUUGUAUGGAAGAAAUAAAAUGGAAUGGAAAAGCACAUUAAAUAAGUAUGAAAAAAUUCCAAACAAAGAAAUUCAAAAAAUACUCCAAAAGAGUUAUGAAGGAUUGGAUGAAACUGAACGAGAUAUUUUUCUUGAUAUUGCAUGUUUAUUCAAGGGAUUUUGCAAGAGUUAUGUUGUAGAUAUACUAAAUUCUUGUAAUUUAUACCCAGUUAUUGGUAUUCAAAGACUUACUGAGAAGUGUAUCAUAACUAUUGAUCGACAUGAUAAAUUAUGGAUGCAUGACUUGGUAGAACAAAUGGGUAGAGAAAUUGUUCGACAAGAAUCGCCACAUAUACCUGGAAUGCGUAGCAGGCUAUGGUGUUAUGAGGAUUCUCUUGAAGUAUUGACGAAAAAUAUGGGAUCGAAAAAAAUUCGAGGCCUGAUGAUAUGCCCACCUAAACGAGCAAAGUUGCAAUUAGAAGCUAAAUGUCUUGAAAAGAUGAAAAAUCUCAAGUUUCUUAUAGUUAAUAAUGUAGAUAUUUGUGGGGGUAUUGAAUAUCUUCCCAAUGAAUUAAGGUUACUUGAUUGGCCCGAAUUUCCUUUCUCUUCCUUACCAUUCAAUUUUCGUCCUCAAAAACUUAUCGCACUCAACAUGCCAGAAAGUCAGGUUAUAUUGGACAGACUUCUUGAGAUGGGACAGUUCAGAAACUUGAUAUAUAUGAAUUUUCGUUCCUGUCAAUACAUAAAGAAAUUAUCUAACUUAUCCAUUGCAACCCCAAACUUAAAGCAAUUGAAUCUCAAUGAAUGUAGAAAUUUAGUUGAAGUUCAUGACUCUGUUGGAUGUCUUGAUAAGCUUGAAAAGUGGGACCUCUUCGACUGCACUGAACUUCGAAUUCUUCCAAGCUGCCUCAUGAUGAAAUCUCUUAAACAUUUAAAUCUUUAUAUGUGCAAAAGGCUUGAAAAGUUCCCUGAUAUUCCGCAUGAAAUGGAUGGUUUAAAGUAUCUAACAUUUAUUGGGACUGCUAUUAAAGAGUUGCCCCUAUCAUUUGGAAAUCUCACUGGGCUUGAGGAAUUACACCUAGGUUCAGGUCUUCUUCCAAGUAGCAUAUAUAAUUUACAUCUUCACAGUCUCCAUAUUUGGGGUGAUGUCAAAUUUCUAAAGGACAUGGAGAUUGAUAGACAAGAAAUUCCAAAGCUUCCAAAAACUAUAAGAGGAGUAAAUGCAUCACAAUGCUUCUCCUUGAAUUCAGAAUCAUUAAGCAAAAUAAUGCUUCAGUUUGGAAGAAUUUUAGUGCUUCCACAAAAUAUGGCAUGUUUUGGUGUGAGAGAUGAGAAAUUAUUGGAUUUUCAGUCACCUAGGAGACUAUCGCAACAGACUGAUCUUCCUACCUGGGUCCCUCCUUCCAAGUUCUCUGAAUUUCAAAGUGAGUUCUGUAAAGGUGAGUAUUGGUUACGAGAUUAUUAUGACGAUGACACUCCAUGUGAUUGUCACAUUAUAUUACCAGGAAAUAAGAUACCAAAGUGGUUCAACCAUCAAAGCAUUGAAAGUUCCAUAUCAUUGUGGGUUGGUCCAGAAUUUCCAGCAUUUGCUCUUUGUGUUGCUUUUUGUCUGGUGGAUGAAGAUGAAUACGAUUUUGCUUGUGUUGUUGACAUUUUCAUCAACGGUCAUAAACGAACGCUAGUUAAGAAAUUCUUUGAUAAAAUGCAUUGUGAUCAUCGAUGGUUUUAUGGUGCAUCUCAUAGGUUGUUGCAGCAGGAAGUUGGAAACUUGAUUCAAGGAGAUUGGAAUCAUGUUGAAAUUUCAUGUAAAAUCUCUCUUUGGACUAGUACAAUUGGCAGAGAAAUUGCUCCUACCAUUGCAAGGAUGGGGGUCCAUGUGAAAUGUAUUUGUGGUCUUCAUAAUUCGGUCAUCUGCCAUGAAAACCAUGAUGAACUAGUCCAACCACAAGGCAAUCGAAUUUCAAAGAGAAUUGCGCACCAACGGCUUAAACCAUUUCUUCCUCGAGGUUGCCAUUUUAUCCUGCGCAAACUGUACCAUACCUUGUGCCCAAUCAGGAGCACUUCUGGUCAACCAUUACUAAAAGCAAGAAAAAUCAGCAACAGGAGAAAGAGGUCCUUAUAG